AUGAGUUCUCAGGUCCCAAAUGAGCGAAGGGAUAGGUCCAGGUUUCCUGCUCAGCCUCCUCAGCCCGCUCAGUCUGCUCGUCGAGAGUGGGUCCCAAGAGGAUCCAACCCUACCACUGCUGCCGUGAACCCACCUCUAAGCUUCAAUUCAAACAUCCCGAAUGGGAGUGUAGGACAGCCCAAUUAUAGCUCUGCUCCAUCAGAGAGUCGGCAGCAGCACAGAGGAAAUAAUGCUUCUAGAGGUCAUAUGGGUCGGCCAAUGAACCAUGGAAGGGAGAGGGGAAGGAGCGAGAAUCAGGAAGAGGUUAGAUUGAAGGACUCUAAUUUACCUCAGCUUGUGCAAGAAAUUCAGGAUAAACUGACAAAGGGCACUGUUGAAUGCAUGAUUUGUUAUGAUAUGGUGAGGAGGUCUGCACCUGUUUGGUCUUGCUCAAGCUGUUACUCAAUUUUCCAUCUGAAUUGCAUCAAGAAAUGGGCUCGAGCCCCAACUUCUAUCGACAUGUCUGCAGGGAAGAAUCAGGGAUUUAAUUGGCGGUGUCCUGGAUGUCAGUACGUACAGCUUACAUCCUCGAAGGAGAUUCGUUAUGUUUGUUUUUGUGGUAAGAGGACAGACCCGCCUUCAGAUUUGUAUUUGACACCACAUUCAUGUGGUGAGCCUUGUGGGAAGCAACUUGAGAGGGAUGUCCCUGGCAGGGGUGUGAGUGAGGAUGAUCUUUGCCCUCAUGUUUGUGUCUUGCAGUGUCACCCAGGUCCAUGCCCUCCUUGUAAAGCAUUUGCCCCGCCACGUUUAUGCCCUUGUGGAAAGAAAGUAAUUACCACAAGAUGCUCAGACCGGACGUCUGUUCUAACUUGUGGCCAGCAUUGUAAUAAGCUUCUUGAUUGUUUGCGUCACCGUUGUGAGAGAACUUGCCAUGUGGGUCCUUGUGAUCCUUGUCAGGUUCUGGUUGAUGCUUCUUGCUUUUGCAAGAAAAAGGUGGAGGUUGUUCUUUGUGGAGACAUGACUGUGAAGGGAGAGGUGAAAGCAGAAGACGGUGUUUUUUCUUGCAGUUCCACUUGUGGAAAAAAGCUUACCUGUGGUAAUCAUGCCUGCGGUGAAGUUUGCCAUCCAGGCCCCUGUGGAGAGUGCAAUUUAAUGCCAACGAAGAUUAAGACAUGCCACUGUGGGAAAACAAGCUUGCAAGGGGAACGACAGAGUUGUUUGGAUCCAGUUCCAACUUGUUCACAAACAUGUGGCAAGUUCCUCCCGUGUGAGAUGCACCAGUGUCAAGAGAUAUGCCAUACUGGGGAUUGCCCACCUUGCUUGGUUAAAGUGAGCCAGAAAUGCCGUUGUGGAUCAACUUCUCGGACUGUGGAAUGCUUUAAGACCACAAUGGAGAUUGAGAAGUUUACUUGUGAUAAGCCUUGUGGGCGGAAGAAGAAUUGUGGAAGGCACCGUUGCAGUGAGAGGUGCUGUCCUCUUUCUAAUUCGAAUAAUGUUCUCUCAGGGGAUUGGGAUCCUCACUUUUGCUCUAUGCCUUGUGGGAAGAAGUUAAGGUGUGGGCAGCAUUCUUGUGAAUCACUUUGCCACAGUGGCCACUGCCCUCCCUGCCUUGAUACAAUCUUCACUGACUUAACCUGUGCAUGUGGGAGGACUUCAAUCCCUCCUCCAUUGCCAUGUGGUACACCUCCCCCAUCAUGUCAGCUCCCAUGUUCAGUCCCUCAGCCUUGUGGGCAUUCAUCUUCUCACAGCUGCCACUUUGGAGAAUGUCCACCUUGUUCAGUGCCUGUGGCAAAGGAGUGCAUCGGUGGGCAUGUCGUCCUCAGGAACAUUCCUUGUGGGUCGAGGGACAUCAAAUGUAACAAGCUCUGUGGGAAGACAAGGCAGUGUGGUAUGCAUGCUUGUGGCAGGACUUGUCACCCACUGCCUUGUGAUAUUUCCUCUUCAGUGGAACCAGGUACAAAAACUUCUUGUGGACAGACAUGUGGUGCUCCUAGGAGAGAUUGCAGGCAUACAUGUACUGCACUAUGUCACCCGUAUGCUCCUUGUCCUGAUAACAGAUGUGAUUUCCCCGUCACAAUCACAUGUUCUUGUGGCCGGAUAACAGCAAAUGUUCCUUGUGACUCUGGUGGCAGCAAUGCUAGUUUCAAGGCUGAUACUGUGUAUGAAGCUUCUAUUAUCCAAAGGUUGCCAGCACCACUUCAACCAAUUGAAUCAAUGACCAAGAAGAUCCCACUUGGACAGAGGAAAUUUAUGUGUGAUGAUGAAUGUGCUAAGUUGGAGCGGAAACGGGUUCUUGCAGAUGCUUUUGAUAUAGCUUCUCCAAACUUGGAUGCACUCCAUUUUGGUGAGAAUUCUGCUGUUUCUGAGUUGCUUUCAGACCUUUUUAGACGUGAUGCCAAGUGGGUAUUAUCUGUGGAGGAGAGAUGCAAGUACUUGGUGCUUGGCAAGAGCAGAGGUCCUACAAGUGGCCUCAGAGUUCAUGUUUUCUGUCCAAUGCUGAAGGAGAAGAGAGAUGUUGUUAGGAUGAUUGCUGAAAGAUGGAAGCUUGCAGUUCAAUCCGCUGGUUGGGAGCCCAAGCGAUUUAUUGUGGUUCAUGUUACACCUAAAUCCAAAACCCCAGCUCGGGUGAUUGGGGUUAAGGGUACGACGACAGUGAAUGCACCCCAGCCUCCUGCUUUUGAUCAUUUAGUAGACAUGGAUCCCAGGCUUGUAGUUUCUUUCCCAGAUCUGCCGAGAGAUGCAGAUAUUAGUGCACUGGUCUUGAGGUUUGGUGGGGAAUGCGAGUUAGUCUGGUUGAAUGAUAAGAAUGCAUUAGCUGUAUUUAAUGAUCCUGCUCGAGCAGCAACCGCAAUGAGGAGGUUGGAUAAUGGUACACUAUAUCACGGGGCUAUUAACGUUCUCUCAAAUGGCAGUGCAUCUGUGGCAUCAUCGGGUUCUAAUGCUUGGGUUGGAUUGGGGACAGCUAAGGAAGGCGGAGUGUCUACAGCACUGAGGGGUAAUCCAUGGAAGAAGGCUGUUAUUAGGGAGCCUGGUUGGAGGGAAGAUUCAUGGGGUGAUGAAGAGUGGGCUGGUGGUUCUGCGGAUGUGCAGGCAUCUGUGUGGAAAAAAGAAGCUCCAAUCACUGCCUCACUAAAUCGAUGGAGUGUACUAGACAGUGAUGGAGCUUUGGGUUCAUCUUCUGUAUCUCCUAGCAUUGAGGACUCUGGAAAACAGUCUUUGGGUGGUUUAAAUCCGGCUUUGGAAUCAAAUGCAAGUGGUUCGACUUCAGCAGGGCAGCAGCGUGGAGGAAAUAUUGCAGAUACAUCUGAAGUGGUUGAUGACUGGGAGAAGGCUUAUGAAUAA